AUGGAAGUACUUCCUUUGAGCGGAUCGCGAAUCUCAUCCGAGUAUGGUGGGAAACGCCUAGCACUGCAAUUCUUCGAACACGGUGCUCCAAGAAUCUCCUCCAUCGCCAUCGCUUUGCUCGCAACACCUUCACUUCCUGGUCAGAUCAAUUCCAGAGAUGGAGCAGGAAAAUUCUUGCUGAUCUAUUCACUGAUCGCCAUUCUCGGAGCACCUGAUCUGGUCCGCUUUCUUGACGGAGGCAAGUUCUGGAACGCGCAGCCCUGGCUCUUUGGAUUCGAAGGCCAUCUCAAUAUGGAGAAGCGGAUCUUUGGCACACCACUUAGGUCGCUUCAAUGCGCACCGUAUAGCUCUCCCCUCUCGCGCCAUCACCCUAACACAUAUGGCGAAUGCGUGGGCGUAGAUCCGACGACAGGUCCUGAGACUGCGCGGAUCGCUCGUAAUGCCGCAGCCUGGCGACUUGAGGUCUUCACGAUCGUCGACACAGAAAAUAUGGAAGUGACUAUGUUUCAGGCUGGUCGACCGCCUCGAGGAAAAUGGAAUGCAAAGAGCGAUACAAGAACACAAAUCACGUUCUGCAAUUAUUUUUUAACCGGAAAGAAUUCGUCUCUCGAAAGUAUUCCAAGCUAUUGCGAAACCGGACUCAAAACAACAACCCUGUGCCGAUCGUUCAUCAGCAUCCAACAAAAGGACCCCGGAGAUGACAGAUCUCCUUCUCAAGAAGUGAUUCGCGACCAAGAUUUGGUGAGAAAAGAAUCACAAUAUGCCAACUCGUUCGAUUCCGUUCGAGCAGCUGCGUGGAAACUUCGUAUCGGCCGAGCAGAAGUCGAAAAUUUCUGUGAUGAGCAGUGUCGUGCCACCAUCAACAACAAUGCCGGCAUAAAAGCGUGCCCCCCAGGGCCUCAUGACCUUGAUGAGCGUCAUUUCCUACUCUUUCUUCAGUCGUUGAAGUUGAAACCCCACGCUCCUCCUCUCGCUGCAACUGUUCCUGAACUUCCUUCCAGGUCGCUCCAAACUAGCCCAAAAUUUGACUUUUUAACAGCAAUUCGAGAUCCUGGCUUACUUAAUAAUAAGCUUGCAUCGCAUCCUGGGAGUACACCGAAGAUUUUCGGGUUUAAGUCAAGAGCGUACGCUGUAGAGCGGGCAGGACACGGCGGCAGCGAAGGCAACUGA